AUGGAAGUAUACUCAGUAGUGGGAUUAAGGGGCUUGUUCUCUGACCCAAACAAAGCCUGGAUCGUUAUGGCAACACAGUCUCCUCAUAGACCAAUGAUAAUGAAGAAUCAUAUGAGGAUAACAAACGUUCUAACUAUGGCCUCAGGGUUCGAAGAAGAUCUCAGCAAGGAUGAUUAUCCUACAGGAGGAGACUACUCAGCAGCAACCGCUGAAAAUAAGGCCCGAAUAGUAGCAAAAACUAUAUUUACAGCUAAUGAUCCAGAAUCUAAGAAGAAAGUGAGAACGCUUUUAACAAAUCCAUUCGGAGAAUUGGAUAAGGAUUUUGACGUGGACAAGAUACAAGUGGUAAUUGGAGCAGACACUAUUGCAGAUAUGAAUGGAACAAUCUACGAAAAACCGGUAGACAGAGAAGAUGCAAGGAGACAACUCAGCUCAUAUGUAGAAUCAUACCAUAAUAUUUAUACCGGAGUUGCAAUGUUUGCAAGGGGUAGAGGAUAUGAAGUUCCAGAAAAAAAAUUUUAUACUACGACGAAAGUUAAGUAUCAAAAGUUAUCAGAGGAAGAUAUAAAUGCACUUUUAGAUACAAGAGAACAUGAGGGAUCAGCAGGAUCAUAUCGGAUAACAGGAUUAGCAGAAUCACUAAUAGAAGAACUUGUGGGCUCAUAUACCAACGUUAUUGGACUUCCUGCACAAUGUGUAUCAUCAGCACUAUGCGACCUGGCAAAAUCAUAUAAUAUGUUUAAUUUUUAA